AUGGAGUUCAUGAGUAGUGACAUCAAUGGUUUCAUGGACGCACUUGCUGGAUAUAAAGCAACAAUUACGGUCGGCCUCGGCACCAUCACCAUGCAGAACUCGAAAAUCAAUAGCCAGGUCCUCGAGGAGUACAAUGAGAUGAUCAAGGACACGGCGUACAAUCUGACUAUUCACCUUCAGCGCAUCGAUGCGAGACUGGAAGAGUUGACGGCUAGCGGCAACGACAGCUUAAACACGAGCAUCAAUCUCCAAGACGAGAAGGAUGUCACCCAUCAAUGUCUUCGGAUUUGUGAAAGCGCCAAAACUUAUCUCGAAUCUCUGCAGAAUGAGCAGCCAUCCAUGUUACGCCAAGAAACCUCUUUGCCUGAAAAUUUUGGGAGAAGCCAGUUUGAGGCUCAGGUCUUGACACAAAAGGUGUUUGCUGAAAAUCGGGGCAAGCUGAUCGAGACUAUUGGGUGUCUCCAAGAGCGACUUCUUGCCAUCAUCUCGAGUACUGGACCUGAACGCAAUCGCGAGCGGUUGCAGUUGCAAGAGGACCUUGAUGUUUCCAGACAGUGCCUCGAGGUCUGCGACCAGGCUUCUCGGCAGGUUUCCAAUCAAAAGAUUCACACGAUUGGAGAAGUGGUAGCCGACGACGAUACAGACCAAGUAGUGGUGACCACGCUUGCCGAUCUCUUUGACGUGAGGAAGGUCUUGGCCAAGAAUAGAUCGGCACAACUGGUCGGAUCAAUGACGGACGACGCACUGAUUAAAUUAUCUGGAGACCGAUAUGGAAGCCGAUUCGGCGCUCUGAACGGCAAUCUAGGACGAGUACACGUCGAUGUCGCCACCUACGAAAGUAAUGCUGGACAUCCGAGCCGCAUGAAAAUGGAGAGGCCCCCCAUGGAUGCGGGGCAACGUACCGAGAGCCCAGUUCCCAAUGAAAUGAGGAAGCGCUCCAGCGGGUUUGACAACCGUCGAUGA